AUGUCCACUCCUAUAAUGGGUGAAAUCGUAAUGCUGGAGAGUCAAUGUGGAAACUUUAGUCGAAGCUACUUUUCCAAUUUUACCAUGAUGGUGAAAAACUCACGGCUUAAUUUGGAAUUUGUUUUAUUAAGAGGUCUCGUUCAGGGUGUGACAAUGGACAUGGAGUUCCUCAUCAGCAUGAAAAACUCGAUUAGGUAUCAGAAAAUUUUCCAGUACACUCUGGAUAUGUGCAGUAUGCUGGCCCAGAGGAGAAACAAUAUAUUCAAGAGAUGGUUUGCGACCUUCUUUGAUGCCAGCAAUUUCAACAAGUAUUGUCCAGUCGAACCGAACGUAUACUAUUUGAAAAACUAUAACUAUAACCUGCUUUUCGUUCCAAAGUUUUUGUAUGCAGGCAAGUACCGAGUGAAGUUCGACAUGAACCAGCUAAGAAGUAACGAAACAAUCAGAGAAUUCGUUGUGGCCUGUGCCUUUGUAGUUGAACUAAAAUAA